UAGGCAACCAAAAAACGUUACAUUUUAAUGUUAAGUCAUGGAAUCCAAGCCCUACAUUUUGUAUACAUGGAAACUUUACUUACUUGUAACCUUAAUUGGGUUCCUAGUCUUUUUUCUAUAUGUUGACAAUGCUCACAAAAACCUGAGUUAUUAUUCAUAAGCUAGAAAUGCUAUGUUAACUCGUUUUAAAUCAAUUCCAUCAAUUAUUUCGAUUAACCCUUCAAACUUCACCCUUAAUGGGAUGGAAAAGAUGAAAACCAAAAGUCGAAAGAAGUGCAAUAUGUUUGAGGGGAGAUGGGUUUAUAAUCCUGAAGAAAUUCCUAGCUAUGAUUCAGUGAAGUGUCCAUUCGUCGAGGAGAAGAUGAGCUGCAAAAAUAACGGGAGGCCGGAUUCGGAGUACCAAAAAUGGAGAUGGGAAGCUCGUGAUUGUAAUAUACCAUUGUUUAAUGGAACAUAUAUGCUUGAAAGAUUAAGGAACAAGAGGAUGAUCUUAGUAGGCGAUUCGCUAAAUCGAAACAUGUGGCAAUCUCUUGCUUGCCUUCUCUACUUCUCCGUUCCUUCUACGACAGCCAAGGUCGAAGAAAAAAGGAAUUACAAGACAAUAUGGAAGGCUAAGGAAUACAACUUCACUCUAGAGUUUUAUUGGAGUCCAUUUCUCGUUGAACUCAACGAUAACCAUGAAAGUGGCAAAAAGGUUCUUGUGCUUGAUGAUAUAUCAACUAAUUCAAAGAAGUGGAUUAGAGUAGAUAUUAUGGUCUUCAACUCAGGGCAUUGGUGGGAUCAACGUGGAAGAUUUAAAGCAUGGGAGUUAUUCGAAUAUAGGGGAAAGUUAAUGAAGGAUAUGCCGAUAGAGCUAGCUUAUGGACAUGGCCUAAAAACAUGGGCAAAAUGGAUUGAGAAAAAUGUUGAUUCAAAGAAAACAACAGUGUUGUUUAGGAGCAUUUCGGCACCACACAAAUUUCCACAAUAUGAUCAAUGGUGCUAUAACAAGACCCAACUAAUAAUGGAUGAAUCAUACGUACCGGUUUUCCCAAAAUCUAUGGUCAAUGUAGUCGAGAAUGUGUUAAGCCAGAUAAGUAAAAUACAGGUGAAGUACUUGAACAUAACUAAGUUGACCGAGUAUAGAAUUGAUGCACACCCAUCCUUGUACAGGUUCAAGGAUCAGAAUAUGCUAACCGAAAAGUAUGACAAUAAUCUCAUGAAUUAUGCAGAUUGUACACGUUGGUGCCUUCCGGGAGUUCCGGAUACUUGGAAUAGGUUAUUGUACGCAUUGAUAUUUUUUGAUCGAUAA